AUGACGGAAGAGAACAAGUUUUGCAAAAAUUGUAAACGAGAUGUGUCUGCUGCCAAUUUCUCCCUCCAUGAGGCCCACUGCCUGCGGUUUCUCACUCUUUGUCCAGAAUGUGAUGAACCAAUUGCCCGAAAGGAUAUAAAAGACCAUCAUGCAGAAGCACAUAAGCAGGUCAGAUGUGAUCUUUGUCACCAUAGUAUGCAGCAGUACCAGCUGGAGUAUCACAAGACCCAGGAAUGCCAUGAACGAUCAAUGAAAUGCAGCAUCUGCGAGCUGGAAAUGCCCUUCAACAAGUUGCAGGAACACCUGAACAGCUGUGCCAGCCGAACAGAGUGGUGUUGGGAAUGCAACAAAUAUGUCAUGUACAAAGAUCAGAACAAACACAAAGAUAUUUGCCUGAAAAGCAAUCUGUCCAACCACAAGGAAGUUGUUGCUCUUGCCAGCCAGGAAACUUCAAAACCCAACACUGACCCUUCUCAACCUUCUUCCUCUCUGUCUCCCUCUUCCAAUUCUGAGAAUGCAAUGGCAUGGAAAGAUGUCUGUCUCAAAAGGAAAGAAAGAGACCAGCCAUUGACCUCCAAAACCUUGCUCAAACCUCCAAAGAAGAAAAAGAAAGUUGUUUUUCCUUCUUCCACAAGGAGUGGGCUUUCCACAUCACCUCAAGCUCUUAAAGACACUCUGUGUUAUGAUAUGAUGGUCACCUGUGCCCACUGCAACAUUCUCCUACCACUUUCAACCCUCCAAACACAUGAGGUCAAGUGUCUACAUUUGACAACUUUACAAAAUACUAGGAUGAAGCCAAAAUCAAGUGAUGGAAAAGAAGGUACUGCAGAAAUUGUGAAAUGUAGAGUAGAAUUUGUUGUCCAUGAUUAUUCCAUACUGGGCAAACUGGAAUAG